GGCGGGAGCGAGAAGCCCGCCGUCGUCGCGCCUGUAAACAACGUCGAGUGGAGCCUCGGGACAAGGACAGGCAGGCCAUGGCGGCUCAUUAAGACCAGGAGACCGAGCAGGUGUGAACGCUUGUGAUCGGACAGCAUGGCCUCCCAGGAACCGUCGCCUCCGUCGUCCAUGGAGAGCAACAAGCCGGGCUUCCCCAAGAAGAUCCUGGGCAACAAGCUGGAGGACAAGCACCUGUGCAAGUGCUGCCACAACAUCCUGAGACGACCCUUCCAGGCGCAGUGCGGCCAUCGCUUCUGCUCGUACUGCUUCAACCUGGCCAUCAGUAACGGACCGCAGAAAUGCAACGCAUGCAUCAAGGAGGACAUUUUUGAAGAGACCACGUCGAUCCUGAAACAAGGAUGUGCUUUUCCCGACAAUGCGGUUCGACGGGAAGUGGAAAACCUGACGGCCGUCUGCGUUAAUGAAAGCUGCUCUUGGAGAGGAUCUGUCAAAGAGUAUGAGGUGAACCACGAGGGCAAGUGCGAGUUCAUGAUUGUGCCGUGCCCGUCCUGCAAGGAGCGCAUUCGCUUCAACGAGCAGGAGCGGCACAGCGAGCGCGAGUGCCCGGAGAGGACGCUCAACUGCAAGUACUGCAAGGAACCCUUUCACUUCAAGAACAUCAAGGCCCACGAUGAGAUCUGCCCCAAGUACCCGAUGAUCUGCGAAGGCUGCGCCAAAAAGAAGAUACCCAGGGAGAAGUACGUGGACCACAUCAAGUUCUGCAGCAAGUUCAGGAUGCCGUGUCGCUUUCACGUCGUGGGCUGUGACAUGUCGGUGGAGAAGGAGAAGACUCACGAGCACGAACGGGCCUUUGCCUACGAGCACUUGAACCUGCUGCUGCACUAUAUCAUGGGCAUGAAGGUGAGCAUGGAGGGGCUGCAGCCGCAGGGUCUGGAGGUGGCGGGACACAAACUGGUGGAACUGCAGCAGUCCCUCAGAGAACUGGAGGCUCGAGUCUCCCAGCUCAGCACCACCACCUCCUCCUCCUCCUCCUGCGGGCCUCCCGUGCAGGGAGCCGCCGCCGCCUCCUCCUCUUCCUCCGGCCCGGGCUCGUUCUCCUCCUUGCAGCUCCACAGCGAGAAGACCAAGGUGGCCGAGCUGGGCCGCCGCUGCACCGAGCUGGAGGUGAAGGCGGGCACCUUUGAGAACGUGGUGUGCGUCCUGAACAGAGAGGUGGAGCGCUUCGCCACCACCAUGGAGGCCAGUAACCGCCAGCACAAGCUGGACCAGGACAAGAUCGAGGCCCUGAGUAACAAGGUGCGGCAGCUGGAGAGGACGGUGGGCCUGAAGGACCUGACGGUAGCGGAGAUGGAGGGCCGGCUUCGAGAAAUGUCCGCCACGACCUUCGAUGGCGUCUUUGUGUGGAGGAUCUCCGAUUUUGCGAAGAAGAGACAAGACGCCGUCGCCGGCCGAGCCCCCGCCAUGUUCUCGCCAGCCUUCUACACCAGCAAGUACGGCUACAAGAUGUGUCUGCGCAUCUAUCUGAACGGGGACGGGACGGGGCGCGGCAGCCACUUGUCCUUGUUCUUUGUGGUGAUGCGGGGCCUGAGCGACGCCCUGCUCAAGUGGCCCUUCAACCAGAAGGUGACCCUGAUGCUGCUGGACCAGAGCAACCGGGAGCACAUCAUCGACGCCUUCCGGCCCGACGUCACCUCGUCGUCCUUCCAGCGGCCGGUGAGCGAGAUGAACAUUGCCAGCGGCUGCCCGCUCUUCUGCCCCUUCUCCAAGCUGGAUGCCAAGAACUCCUACAUCCGCGACGACACCAUCUUCAUCAAGGCCAUCGUGGACCUCACCGGGCUCUAGAGGGGGCGGAGCCACGCCAGGUACUCAGUUUGGAUGACCAGACCAGGGUCUUCGUUUUAGCUGCGAGGUAAUCCCUCCGGGGUGCCGCGAUACAGCGUCCUUCUGCCGCAAACGUGUGCCCGGGCGCCGCUGCGAUUGCGGCCGCAAUGUCCGCCACCCGCUGUUUGUUUCGGGGACACGGACGGGACGUCGAGGACUGAGCGGGAAAGUUGUGCGCCGGGUGCGGUGAUAUCGUCACGGCUGUAGUUAAUUCACGUGCGGGGGGUGGGGGGUCUUCUGCUUCUUCUUCUUGAGAUUGUUGGUGUCGUGAGCCUCUCUGGUCUCGUGUUGAGUACAUUUUGCAUAGACAAACGUGGAAUUAUGUGAUCAACAAGGCUCCCCCUUCUUCUUUUGUUCCCCCCUAAGCGCCACGUGCAUGCUCAUUGGCGCCCGAUGUCCAUUGAAGCGUGCGCGACAAGGACGCUGCGGUUAGUUCUCACCUGCUUGUGUUGUGUAGAUGACGGCGGUUCUCAAACUCGGGUCCUCGAUAUUGUUUAGUACCAUACCUUACGAUCAUCGAUAAAUAUUGAUUUGGAUUACACGAAGUUGGUGUGUGUUGCGAUGAUGAGCGGGACAUUGGAAAGAGUUCUCCCCCUGUUAAGAGUCCGUAGACCCAAAAAGUUUGAGAAUCCCUCGUUUAGAAGCAGGCGUCCCUUUUCAUGUAAAGUUUGUGCUCGUUCCGACUCGGGGAGGCGGGGUGAGAAGGGGGGAGGCUUUGCGACCGGAGCUUUGGUACAUCUGUGGAAGAUACAGUGGCGUGAGCGAGGUGUCCGAGGCGCAGGCCUGACAUUGUGUUUUGUUUUAUUUGACUCGCAUCUCGACAGGUGGCGCAAUUCCCUCCCCUCCCACGCCUGCCCCCUGCUCACCGAGAGAAGGAACGUUGUUUUCUUGUGCGUCCAAAAUGUGAUGUGUGCGCUGCUAGCCGAGUCGGCUUUCCGAUAUGAUUCCAAUAGUUUGUGCGCUUUUGUGGGUGCACGUGUACA